GGCGGAAGAGUGUUCGAUCGGAACGUUGACCUUCUUCCGGUGGGAGUUUGCCGGGGGUAGCCUUGAUGUGAUGGCCGCGCCGUACAAGCCGACCGUCAGUGACAUUUUCAACGACAUGAGUUACGGACCGGCCCGUGAGAAUCCCUGCAACGUGCAGGCUUGGCUGGAUUACCACAAGCGGUGCUUUGGUCAUUACAUUGGAGGCAAGUGGGUGAAGCCUGAAAACAGGCAAUUGUAUGUUGCCAAAAAUCCAGCUACUGGGGAAACUCUGGCCUCCACCAUACAGGGUGAGGAAGCAGAUGUGGAACUAGCAGUACAGACAGCGAAGCAAGCUUUUGAGGUUUGGAGUAAGCUUCCUUGUCACGUGAGAGCAAGGCAUCUGUACAGCAUUGCGAGAAACGUUCAGAAGCAUCAGAGGCUGCUGAGCGUGUUGGAGAGCUUGGACAAUGGGAAACCGAUCCGUGAGUCUCGGGACUGUGAUGUUCCACUGGUGGUCCGACACUUCUAUCACCAUGCUGGCUGGGCACAGCUAAUGAAUGUUGAAAUGAAGAACUGGAAGCCCGUAGGGGUUGUUGCUGCAAUUGUUCCUUGGAAUUUCCCUUUAAUGUCGCUGACUUGGAAGAUUUGUCCAGCUCUGGCUAUGGGUAACACCGUGGUAUUGAAGCCAGACAGCUACACACGUCUCACUGCCCUGCUGUUCGCACAGAUCUGCACAGAGGCUGGUCUUCCUCCCGGUGUCCUCAAUGUGGUGACGGGCAAUGGAUCAUUUGGCAGCAUGCUGGCAACCCAUCAGGACGUGGACAAGGUCACCUUCACUGGCUCCACUAAGGUGGGACGGCAUCUCCGCCGACUGACAGCCGGCAUGGGAAAGAAGCUCUCACUGGAACUUAGCGGGAAAUCCCCCUUCAUCGUGUUUGACACUGCUGAUCUGGAUAGUGUGGUUGAAGGCCUGGUAGAUGCGGUCUGGUUCAACCAGGGACAGGUGUGCAGUGCUGGCUCCAGGCUGCUGAUGCAGGAGUCGAUUGCUCAGGAGCUCACUAACCGACUGACGCAGCGCAUGCGGUGUCUUCGCAUGGGUGAUAGCCUGGAUAAGGGCGUUGACAUGGGUGCACUGGUAGACGAAUCUCAGAUGAAGACAAUUACAGAGUAUGUGGAGGAGGCAAGGAACGAAGGAGCAGAGGUGUUUCAGGUGUCUGAAGGAAUGCCACAGAAGGGUUUCUUCUACCCGCCCACCCUCAUCACCAAUGUGAAUACUGUUUCUCGUGUGGUUCGUGAAGAGAUAUUUGGACCAGUUCUGGUAGCCAUGACUUUCCGCACUGCAAAGGAGGCUAUUGCUUUGGCAAACAACUCCUCAUACGGACUUGCAGGCAGCGUCUGGACUGAAAACCUGCCCUUGGCACUGGAGGUAGCGAUGAGUUUGAAGGCUGGAGCAGUCUGGGUGAACGGGCACAACAUGUUUGAUGCUGCAGCUGGUUUUGGUGGCUAUAAAGAGAGCGGCUUUGGACGAGACGGUGGGAAAGAGGGCUUGUAUGAGUACGUGCGGCCUGUUUGGGAGGAACGUCUUAACCCAAAGACAGUAGAGGUCAAGUACAAAACAUUUGCAUCAGUGCACGGAGCAGACCUUCCACCGAUCCCAGGGCAGGCGACGCAGCCUGUGUUACUCCAGACCGAUGCUAUUCCAAGUGUUGACCGUACAUAUAAAGUGUACUAUGGAGGUGCUCAGAAGAGGCCUAUUGGCAUGUACUCACGGCCCAUUUUUGACCACAAGGGUAAGGUGGUGGCUUAUGUUGGUGACUGCACCAAGAAGGACGUUCGGAAUGCAGUGGAGGCAGCUCAUGCUGCAGCUCCAGGCUGGGGGAAGCGAGCUGCCCACAACCGGGCUCAGAUCAUCUACUAUUUGGCUGAGAACCUGGAGUUGCGUCGGCACGAGGUGUCUCAAGGACUGAGUUCUCUGACUGGCGUCGGUAUCGAGGAGGCUGGAUGGGAAGUAGAUGCCUGUAUCGAGAGACUAUUCUAUUGGGCCGCCUAUUGUGACAAGUACGGGGGCACUGUCCAGGAGACGCAGCUUUAUGGAGCGACAAUCAUGAUUCGAGAGUCCGUUGGGGUGAUAGGCAUUGCGUGCCCAGAUGAGACCCCUCUGCUCAGCUUUGUCAGUCUCUUCGCCCCGGCGAUCGUUCGAGGGAAUGUGGUUGUCAUUGUCCCCAGUGAGAGGUAUCCUCUGCCAGCUUUGGAACUCUAUCAGGUCUUUGAAACCUCCGAUCUUCCAGCUGGCGUUGUGAACAUUCUGACUGGAUCACGAGAUCAUCUGACCAAAUUCCUGGUUGAGCAUCAAGAUGUCCAAGCCAUGUGGUACUUUGGAUCUGCAAAGGGGUCAAAGUUUGUUGAAUGGUCAUCAGCAGAAAACCUGAAGCAGACUUGGGUGAACUACGGGGUCCAACGUGACUGGUGCAAUUCCCAACAGGGGACAGGGGAAGAGUUCCUCUACCAUGCCACACAGUGCAAGAACAUCUGGAUCCCAAUGGGGGAAGUCUUUGCCAACUAGAGCCUGCUUAUCUAGGGCUAACAGAUCAUCAGCCCAAACCUGUCCAGAGCUUAACUGUCGUUUCACAUGCUUAUCGAUGAAUGAUUUUCAACACUUGAGCUAAUUAUAUCUACUCUCCAAUUGUAAUGUGAAUGCUUUGUUUAGACAAUGUACACAGAUAUGACCUGGACUUGGACACAGUGGCACAGUGUUUUAUGCCUAGAAAACAGUACAAGUACCCUACCAACAGCUGUUGGUCAAAGCAAGAGCAAAGUUUUAUUUUGUCUUUAUAAUACCACAAAUUGAGUUUCAGCAGUGCCACAAUUUAAAUAGUUUAUCGGUUUGGAAUGCCUUGAUCUGACUUUGAAGAUUAGACUGUUUCUAUCUUAGUUCCUUGUGCAACUCACUGGGAUUCUGUAAAGCAGUGGUCCCCAACCACCGGGCCACUGCUGUAAAGAACUGAACAGUUAAGUGUGCCAGCUAGGCUUUUGCCCCCUUUUGCAUUCCACCUCUUCAGUGUCCCAUCCCUAACUGUAAAUCGAGUUGGUUCCCUCACCUGCCAAUUCACACAUUUGUCGAGCACCUGUUUCGAUUUCCCGAUAACCAGAGACGGGUAAGCUGGAGAGUGGGGUGAACAUUGUCAUGGGGUGAACCCAUUCUCCCAAUAUUACCUUUCUCAUGUGGAAGCCUUCCUGUUAUUUGUGUUUCAGUGCCGUUAUGGAAUAAAAACCUUUUUCACGCUAACAAAAUUAA